CCACCACAUCCUCUGCAACUUCCAUCGCCCACCCCCACCAAAUCCAUCGCCUCGAGCCGACUUUUGCCUGGAGCAAAGUCGCAUCGUUGAAUCUCCUCUAUCGGCCAAGAAAUAGUCGAUCUAAUUCCUGGCUUUUCCUCGGCUCAUCUCCGCACCAGAAAGCCCAGCACCCGCUCCAACGAACCGCCGCAUCGUCACUCUUUCACAUCGCCACCGAGCAUCACAUCACACAAUGGCGGCCACGGCGACCGAAUCGGCCAACAUGGACCAGCAGGUCGAUCUCUCGACCAUUCCCAUCUCGCCCAACGGUAAGGACGAGACCGAGACCAAGGGCGACGACAAGCCCGUCACCGUCUUCCACGACAAGGACAACUUCAACGUCAAGCAUCCUCUCCAGAACAAGUGGACUCUGUGGUUCACUAAGCCCCCCAGCGGCAAGGGCGACAACUGGAACGACCUGCUGAAGGAGGUCAUCACCUUUGACUCUGUCGAGGAGUUCUGGGGAGUCUACAACAAUGUCGCUCCCGUCUCUUCCCUCCCGCAAAAGGCCGACUACCAUCUGUUCAAGGCCGGCGUCCGACCCGAGUGGGAGGACCUGCAGAACAAGCACGGCGGCAAAUGGUCGUACCAGUACAAGGACAAGCAGAGCGUCGACGUCGACCGCCUCUGGCUUCAGGUCAUGAUGGGCGCCAUCGGCGAGACGCUCGAAGACGAGGACGAUGGCGAGGUGAUGGGUGUCGUCGUCAACGUGCGCAAGGCCUUCUACCGUAUCGGUGUCUGGACGCGAACCAUCGGCAAGAGCAUCCCCGGCCGCGGCGACGGCGACGUGGCCGGCGGCAAGGGCCGCACUAACGACAAGGGCAAGGAGAUCCUCAUGUCCAUCGGCCGGCGCUUCAAGGAGAUUCUGGAACUGCCCGCCGCCGCCCUGGUCGAGUUCUCUGGCCACACGGACAGUGCGCACGCGGGCAGCACGAGGGCAAAGGCCAAGUACACAGCAUAGACGGGUGCAAGGGGAGUUGUUGGGGAAGGAAGUGGCAUUUGACUAUGAUAUCCGUCCACUGGUGUCUGACGCUCAGGGGAUGAAUGACUGCACUGCGACGCGGCUGACAGGGCUCACGUGUCGGAUCCGAUGGUUCGGCUGUUUACGAUACUCACGCAUCGUCUGGGCACAAAUCUAGUUUCAUGGCGGCGUCUAGGAAGCUAUUGCAUGUUUUUGGUGGCGGACGCCGAGCUAGGCCAUAGAAUAGAUCUACUUGGCCGCACUAACGCUACG